AUGUUACCGUCUAGGAGGCCUUGCCGCGCGGAAGACCGUUCGGAAAGCAUCCAGCCGGAGGAGUCGCUGAAUGUGGAGGAUGGAAGCCUUGCUGGAAUCACCCCUGACGCAACAGAUGGCGUUGGUACCAUCGAGUUUACCAGUGGCGAGACUUGGGCAUAUUUUGGACCCUCGUCCAAUAUCGCUUUCACGAAAAUCCUCCGUCGCACGCUCGACCACUUACUGCUGAAGACCCAACGAGCACGACAAGGAGUGACUUCCUCCACGCCGGGGCAACACACCCAGAAACACAUGCUUGCCGUCUCCAGGUCAAGUUCCCCGGUCAUCGAUUCGUUCGAUUCGAGAAGACUAGAAAAGCCUUCCGAAGCAAGCCGUCUGCCGCCCGAAGAUGAAGUCACCCGUCUGGUCCGUCAGUUCUUCGGCGACACGGGUCUUCUGUUCCCUUACAUCCACGAGGAGAGCUUCUGGAAAACUUUUGCGCACUAUAGGUCUAUCGGAAUGCGGACUGCGAGAUAUUCAUGGCUCGCGUUACUAAACAUGAUUCUUGCCCUGGCUACCAGUACCACCAACGCGGCGGGACUUGGUUUCGGAGACAGGCAGGCCGUCUCAGAGGUAUACUACCGUCGGGCCAAGUCUCUGUCGAUGACAGAGAUGAUGACUGGAGCCAACGUUGAAGCAGUUCAGGGUAUGCUCUUGAUGUCACAAUACCUUCAAGGCAGUCAGAGGUCGGUCCAGACAUGGGCCAUCCACGGGCUCGCCGUUAAAGCUGCGUUGGAGUUGGGAUUCCACUCAGAAAUAGCCCUCCAACGGUUCGAUCCACUUGAACGCGAGAUAAGAAUACGGACCUGGUAUGCGUGCAUUGUUCUGGAUAGAACAUUGAGCAUGACUUUCGGCCGCCCCCCCAUCAUCCCGCAGAUUUAUAUCCGAACCCCCUUACCAAAACAUUUCAUCUCGUACCCCAGAACAUCAGGCCCCUCUGAAUGGUCCCGCGAAGAAGAGAGCACGAUGUUCUGGAACGCAACCAUAACCCUCUACAGAGUCACCGCCGCCGUCAUUGACGAUCUCUACGAGAGUAACAUCGGGUCAAUCUCAGCCAACCCCCUGUCAAACACCGUGUCUACUGUUAUUCGCAUCGGACAACAGUUGGCUGAUUGGCAAGCCUCCUUGCCUCUGUCGAUGCAACUAGUUGAGCCGGGAGAGGUGACCAACCCGGAAACGAAGUUGGCAUUGCUAAGACUUCGAGUCAUCUUGACCCUACGGCAUCACAACCUUCAAAUUUUGUCACACCGACCCAUUCUGGAUCGAUGUUUACAGUCUCUUGAUGGAAGCCCCCAAUCAUCACAGGAGGCAGCUGCACUACAACAAGCCUGGCAUCUGAGCAGAACGAUGUGUCUUCGAUCAGCGGAAGCAAUCAUUCGUUUGGUAGAAGCCUGCAAGCUGGCUAAUGAAGCAAAGCCAGGAUUUUCCUUCCUCGGGGCAUGGUGGUUCAGUCUUUACUUCACCUUCAACGCUUCCCUAACAGUUGUUGCGAUAAAACUCAUCGAAGAAAGCUAUUUCUCCAGUCCCUUUGAUCAAGCCUACGUAGGUACGGCGGCUCGAUUUGAAGAGAUCCUGAAGAGCGCCAUUAGCUGCAUUGCGCGCCUGGACACUCAGAACCCCACGGUGGAAAAGUGUGCAAAGUUCGUGGCGACUCUGGUCUUUAUGGUUCAAAACUUGCAAAUGGGUUUAGGGCGCGAUGAUAUUGACUGCGACGUCGGGGUGGUUUCUUCAAGCGCAGGCGUUCUCAUCGACGAGAACGGGGCGAGCCAGGCCACGCAUCUGCCUCCUCACGCCGGCGGGAUGGACGAAGCCUUCUCCAACCUGAUGAGUUAUCUCCCGCCGAACUUCAACGAUUUCUCUAUCAACAGUGCCCCGUUCGCCAUGUCGGAUUUGAUGGACGACUUUCCCACUGGUGACCUGUUCUGGUAG